CAUAGUCUGUAGCUACUUGCUGAGCAGCUGAGGCUGGACGCCAGCUCCUGGCCCUCCUGCCUUCACCUCCUUGGUUUGGUAAGGUUGUACACACCUGUGCUUAUUGGUGAGCAUGCUGCCUGGCUGCUCGCCCACUACAGACAGGACCCUGUUGGGUAGUAGGGGAAGAGACUGUGGCUCUUGUGGAAAGCUAGCUGCUACCAGAUUCCAUGCAUGGUCCUGGCUCUCAGAUUCUGGGUAGGGAAGGAAGGCAAACCACAGAGGCUCUGGGAGUCAUGAUUGGGACUCGGGUUGUUGUAUAGGUUUGCCGAGGCUGUUUGCAGGAAUGUCUGACUUGCAGAGGUCAGAGGCAUUGCUCUGUGGUCCUUGUGGGGCGUUCUCCACCCUCUCCUCGGUGUAGUCCAAUGUACCCAUUCAUUGAGUGCCAUGCACUAUUUGGGGUUGCCUCUCAUGAAAGUGUUUUGGUGUUUGCAUUAGGCCCAUGAGCCUAUACCCUCCUCACAGGUAGGCAUCCUGGGGUCCUGGUGCUGCUGGUGUGGAGGCCUGGUGACUGGAGGACCUUCUGACUAAGGCUGAUGGUGGUGGCUAUUGAGGGCAGGGAGAUAUAAGCAUGCCUUGCACCAGACUACCCAGCUUCUCCAGGAGGAUUUGCCUGAUGCCACAUGGGGAGUGACCCUCCUGGGGUGCAGUGCAGUGGCAGUGUUGACAGCUCCAAGGCAGACAGGAAACACACUUGGGGUGCAGUUCCAAGAUGCCUUUGCUCUGGAGGUCCUGGGAGUGGAGACUCAGUCCUCUCCACUGCAGCCAUACUACACAGGCUGGGCAUAAAGAGGCCAGAAGCGUGGGGUUUGGAGUCGGCCCUAUGGUCUGUUGGCAUGAAUACCUGGUAGGCUUCAGAUACCCAGAGCAGGGGUAGUUUGGGCUUGCUCUUGUGCUGUGGCCUCUCCCUGAUGGCCUCUCGCCUGUCUGAACAGACUGCCUGCUGAUGCUGGUCUACAAGGACAGGUGUGAACGCUCCAAGGGUCUGCGGGAGCGCAGCAGCCUCACCCUGGAGGACAUCUGUGGCCUGGAGCCUGCUCUGCCCUAUGAAGGCCUGGCCCACACUCUGGCCAUCAUCUGCCUGUCCCAGGCCGUCAUGCUGGGCUUCGAUAGCCAUGAGGCCAUGUGUGCCUGGGACACCCGUAUCCGCUAUGCCUUGGGCGAAGUGCAUAGGUUCCAUGUGACGGUAGCUCCUGGCACCAAGCUGGAGAGUGGUCCAGCCACUCUCCACCUCUGCAAUGACAUCCUUGUCCUGGCCAAAGACAUCCCUCCGGCCGUCAUGGGGCAGUGGAAGCUGUCUGAUCUCCGUCGCUACGGGGCUGUGCCGAAUGGAUUCAUCUUCGAAGGCGGGACCAGGUGUGGGUACUGGGCUGGAGUCUUCUUCUUGUCCUCAACUGAGGGAGAGCAGAUCAGCUUCCUGUUUGACUGCAUUGUCCGAGGCAUCUCCCCGACCAAAGGCCCAUUUGGACUCCGGCCAGUUCUCCCAGACCCAAGCUCUGGGGGGCCCACAGCCUCAGAGGAGCGUGUUGCCCAGGAGGCGCUGGAGGCCCUGCAGCUGGAGAAGCGACUUAGCCUGCUUUCACACUCCGGCAGGCCAGGCAGUGGAGGGGAUGAUCGAAGCCUGUCCAGCUCCUCUUCCGAGGCCAGCCACUCAGACAUCAGUGCCAGCAGCCGCCUCACUGCCUGGCCAGAACAGUCCUCGUCCUCAGCCAGCACAUCACAGGAAGGGCCAGGGCUGGUGGCUGCCCAGGGUCCAGGAGAAGCCAUGCUGGGAGCCUCCAGGCCACCCCUCAAGCCGCUGCGGCCGCGACAGUUACAGGAGGUCGGCCGCCAGAGCUCCUCCGACAGCGGCAUCGCCACGGGCAGUCACUCCUCGUACUCCGGCAGCUUCUCAUCCUACGCUGGCAGCAACCUGGACGUGUGGCGGGCUGGAGAGGAGUUUGGUUCUCUGCUUAGCCUGCCGCCCGGAGCCAGCGCACCUGAGCCCAAACUGUGUGCCUGCCCACCUGGGGUGGCUGAGUACCAGGUGCCCACCUCAUUGCGACAGCACUAUGACACGCCUCGAAGCCUGCGCCAGGCCCCCAGAGACCCAAGCCCAGCCUCUCAGGGCAGCUCUGACCACAGUUCAGCCACGGACUUGGGUGGUCAGGCACCCCCGGGGUGUCCUGCCAGUUGCCUGGGAGCUCGUCGACGGGGCCAGGCAACAGAAGGCCCCGGCAGUGAAGCCACGCUGCCCAGUCCGUCCCCUGGCGAGUCCUGGGAAGCAGGCAGCCCCCAUGCAGGGCCACCUCCGGCUUUCUUUUUGUCAUGUUCAGUCUGUGGCGGACUCAAGGUCAUGGCUACUUCAUCCUCUGGACUCACUGUGACAUAUCCAGGAUCUCCAGGGCCCAUGGCUGCUGACAGCCCAGGGCCGGAACGACCACGCAGCGAGAUGCCCACGUAUGUGAAUAUCCCCAUCAGCCCCACCUCCCGACUGCAGCUGCACUACAUGGGCCUGGAGUUCCCAGGGGCCAGUGGGGGUGUGCGAGGGGCCAGCUCCUCCUCCCGCUAUGCCCAGAUUGACAUCACAGCUACCGAGACGGCGCAUCGUGUGGGGGUCCGGCAUGCACAGACUCGGGAGGAACGAUUGCCAGAGUUGGAGCAGCGGAAGAAAGGACCCUGAGGCUGCAGCUCAGGUUGAGGCUGGCUGGGCACCUGGCCAGCUGGAACAUCUGAUGUGGCCGGACAGGCCAUCCCUUUUUGCAGAUAAUGGCCCUUGUGGCUCGGGGCCCUGGCCAGUCUGUACACUCUGGUGGUCAGUGAUUGAAGCUGAGUCUUAGUCUCCAAUGGAACCCGUGGUUGGUCUUUGUGCAUUGGAAUGAGCGGUCGAAGGUUCUGGGCCCGUACCCUAUCAGUUCAUUCCAAUGUGUGAAAGCCAUGUAGCAGCCUCCUCUCUGCCAUCAGGGCCUCUUGCCUCACUGGUGCCCAAGAGCGACCUUUCCUUUGGCCUGAACAAGUUCUCCUAGGCCAUGGAGCCACCAAGGGACCUAUCUCUAGGUGUUGGUAGCCUCAGUACCUGCCACAACAGCAGAGCCAACCAGUGGAAACCGGAAACAGUCUCCCAGGCCUGGAAUGCAAGCUGCAUUCCCCAUCCCGGAUGGGGUGACCUCAAUGACAGUAUCAACAGAGCACUCUGAACCAGUUCUGUACUGUAGAAGGACCUGUGACUUGUAACUGCCAUACCACUGCCUGGCUCCGGGCCUGGGAUCCUGCAGCCUCCCCUACCGGCCUCCUCUUGCACGGUCACUCCUGAGCCAGGCCCUGUACCUUGAGGUGAAGGCCAUGGUGGGCACAGGACUAUUCUUGUCAUCUUGUUGGGACCUCUUCCAGCCAGUCGGGUAAACUGUUUUAAAUCUCUACUGUUAUAUUUUUAACAAUCCAUAUUAUUUUCCAAAGCUGUGAGGUCUUUCACAUGUGAUUUUGGCCCUGGACUGGAUGGGGCCAACAUCUUGCUCUGGGCCAAGGGGUUCUGGGAUGGGGGUGUAUGAUGAUGCCAUGUUGGCAUUUGCAGAUGUCCCUGUUGUUUGGGGCAGCACAUGGUAUUUCCAGGACUGAGUUUCUGGGGUGUCAGGUCUCCUGCCCUGCCUCAGCCCUGUGGGGGGAAGCUUUGGCCUCCCCCCAGGAUCCAGUCACAGUCCAUCACAUCCUUCUCUUUGCCCUUCUGCUUUUCUGCCUCCAAGGAGUUCACCAGGAGUCCCCUAGGUCUGUGGUUGGCUGGGGUGGGGUCAGCACUCAGUUCCUUUGUGGGGCCCUGGUGUUGGCAAGUACUAGAACAUUAGCCCGAGUGUCUCCGCUGCUGACAGGUAGAAUGUGACUAUGUGACAUGAGAGAAUUGUCAUCCCUGGGCCUGCCUGGCAGCCAGGGCAGGUGCUUUAUCUAGAGAAUGAGCCUUGGGGUCUGUCCCUCUAGACGAGGGCUAUAGUUCUGUGAUGAAAAGGCAAUGUGGUAGGAGGGACAUUUCAUCCAGGACUGGUGACUCUGCAUGACUUGGGCCGUAUGUUUUCUGCACUGGGGUGCCUAGGGGAUCCCCUAGAAAAAUGCUCAUCUGAAAAGUGAAGUGGGUCUGGGCCAGCCAUGAGUUGUGGGAAGCCAUAGUAGGGAACAGAUCCAGGCUUACCUUGGGGCUCCGGCAGAUGUGGCCAGUGGUGGCACAGGGAGGGUCCCACCUUGGAGCCCAAGCCAUGCUAGGAUUGUCCAGAGAAGGGUGAGGCUACCUCUGGUGGAUAGCUCUGCUAUGAUAGCAGGUGACCUCUAGCCCAGGUAGCCUUAGGGCUGCCAGGGUUCAGCCAGCCAGGAGAGCCCAUUGAGGUCACAGCCAUAGCCCAUUGAGGCCACAGUAGAGAGUCACUUGACCUCCUUUCAGAGUUGGAUAUCCAGAGCCUGUCCCUGGGGCCAUCCCUAUAACACUGUCAGUGGUGUGGAGUCCCAGGCCCACUCUGUGUGUGGCUAGAGAGGUCUCAGGAACAGUGGCCUGUAGCUGACGACUAGGAAGAGGUCCUUAGUGGGCCCGUGGGUUGAGCAUCUGCCUCUCCAGGCCCUUGUCUCUGCCCUGCUCACUGCCUUUUUGGCUGCCCGCUUGUACCCUUUCCUCACACUGUCCCUGGAUGCCGUCUUAUCCUGACUUCUCUUCAGUCAGAUCAGGAACUCUGCCUGGGAUCCUCUCUGUGCUGUGUACCCAAGCCCAGUUCUAGGCCAGGCCCAGCACUGGUUGGUAUCUGAGUCGCGGGAGGACUUUGGGACCAGGAACCGUACACAUAGAUCCUGACAGAAGAGUGCAUCUACUUCUACAUCAGCCACCAACACCUCACACAAGGACUCCUGUGCCCUCCACGCUGGGCCAGGGAACACACGUCAGGUGGGCAGGCUUAUCUCAGAACAGGGAAUAUGUUGAAGUACUUGGCAUCUAUCUGUGUGGCACACAGCUGUGGAUGAGGCAGCCGAGUGUGCAAGUGGAGCGAAGAUCUGGAGACAACACUCAAGAGCAUGUGGUGGUACAUGGCUGCAGAGCACAGUG